AUGACACCCAAAUCUCUAGAUAAGAGAGAGCACUUCACUUUUGGCUGAAUAGCCUUGUAAAUUCAACAUAUAUUGGCAUGCUUUUUUAUUUACACAUGACUUCUAGGUAAAGAAAGACCUUGAACUCUGCUUUGCAAUCAAAGCUUGAUUGAACUUUAGCUUUCAGCAUUAAGUUGCCUGAAGAACAUUUGAGAUACUACCAUGUUGGGAAAAGUUAAAGCUUGUUUUGAGUCAAAACGUUUAAAACUUUGUAGAGGUUGAAGUUAAACCAAAGGUUCCCUCAAUUUUUUUAACAUUGCUUUGAUGGGCUCGCUUAAUUUUUCUACUGUCAUGUUUGUUUUUAGGUAUAACUCCUGUUUCCCUGCAGGUGUGGGUAUUUCUAGAGACCCUUGGCAUGGUAUCACAAGGAUUAGUUAAUGGGAGGGUCACAACUAAGCCUCCAAUCAAAAUUCCAUCCAGAAAAGUAGAAAACUGCAACCAGGUUGUCAAGAUAGGGAAAUUUUCCUGGGUUAAUAUUGCUGGAAAUGAUAUUGUUCCAGGAAAUAAGAAACUGGUAUGGUAUGGGGUUCACUUCACUGCUAAUAUACUGGAAACUGUUGGUGCAACCUACAUCAUCAGUACUGCAAUGAAGCUUGGGUGUUCAAUGUUUUUGCUUCCUUAA